CCUUCUAGGUUCCCGAGCUUAAGCUUCUGGGCUCUGCGGAGGACGGGUAGUAUGGUCCUAGGAUGCGAGGGUCAUUUCCUUCCGGGCGGGGGUCAAAUCCUCGGGAAUCCGAGACAUCUCGUCCAGCCAGCUGCCCCAAACGGGGCGCAGGCCGUUGUCACCAGUCUAGGAGACUCCAGAGAACCGCCACACCGUCCCUCUCGGGUGCGGAAAGCCAGCUUCCCCUGGCCCGUUGAGAAGGUUCCUGGCUAUCCACCGGACCGAAGCAUUUGAGGGCAGGAGCCGCGCCAAGCAUGCGGGAUAGACCAGUGGAGAGCACUUUGUUCUGACUGCCUGUCCUCCCCACCCAGACCGAGACUCGGCGCCGCACACUCCCCCCGGGGGGGCCGGGGGGGGCGGUGCAGUCACGUGCGCCCCACACUUGCGCUCACAAGCGCGCAAGGCUCUCGCUCUCCGCCCCGCACACCUGCGCUCCGCCCCCUGGUCCCGGGCUGGCGACCGGCGAAGGCAUUUGGGAACCUAGAGCGGCUGCGGCGGCGCCCCCCACCCCCAUCUCCUUCCCCUUUCCACAGCCAGAGUAGUCCGGAGCCAGCCGCCGCUCCCAACUAGCCCGCAUCCCUCUUCAUCCUUCCCUCCCCCUGCCUGCCGCGGCACCGGUAUCUGCAGCCGGAGCCCGGAGCCGGUGAGGCGGCGAAGGGGGGAGGGGGAGGAAGCAAGGGAUGAGCGCCGGGAGGGCGUCGGGGGCCCUGAGCCGGACUAGGACGUCCCUGGAGCCGGAACCGGAGCCGGAGCCGGAGCCAGAACCAAACCACCGGUACCGAGUGGGCCAGGUGUGUCCUUGGGAGGGACGGAAGCGCAGGACAAGCUGGAAAGGGGAACGCUCUGGGCGUCGGGGAAGCAGGAUCAGGGUCGUGGAAGAGGGCUUGCGCAGCCGCCGUCUGGCACCCCUGCCCCGGACCAGCACCCCUGCUGAGGACGAUGACAUGAAUGAGGACACCGUAGAGAGGAUUGUUCGCUGCAUCAUCCAAAAUGAAGCCAAUGCUGAGGCCUUGAAGGAGAUGCUGGGGGACAGUGAAGGAGAAGGGACAGUGCAGCUGUCCAGCGUGGAUGUUACCUCCAGCCUGCAAGAUGGAGCCCCUUCCCAUCAUCACACAGUGCAUCUGGGCUCUGCAGCCCCUUGCAUCCACUGCAGCCGCAACAAGAGGCCCCCACUUGUCCGCCAGGGACGCUCCAAGGAAGGAAAGAGCCGCCCCCGGCCUGGAGAGACCACCGUGUUCUCUGUGGGCAGGUUCCGGGUGACACACAUUGAGAAACGCUAUGGACUACAUGAGCAUCGUGAUGGCUCUCCCACGGACAGGAGCUGGGGGUCUGGUGGAGGGCAGGACACAGGGGGUAGUCAGGGGUCUGGGGGAGGGCAGCCCAGGGCAGGGAUACCUGCCACUGAGAGUGUGCCCCCUGAGAGGCCACAGCCCCUGGGCCUCGCCAGUCCCCCAAUACAGAACGGAGGACUCAGGGAUGGCAACCUAGUCCCUUGUGCACUUGAGGGGAACCCUAGAGCCUCUGCAGAGCCCAUGCUAGGGGCUGGAAGGAAGGGCCCAAGCCCAGGACUGGCCAGUCGAGAGGCAGUUGGACAGCCAAGCAAACUGGACACCUCAGAUCACCAGGUGUCCCCACCACGGGGAGCAGGGGGUGUGUGAGGCUCCUUCUUCAUUGUGCUGAUGGGACUACGAGCUGGCAGGGCCAGGGGGUGGGUGGGCAUAAAGGAGCUCCUUUCCACUGGACAGCACUGCUCCCCAGCUGAGGAACCAGCUCUACGUCCAUCUGGAGUUGCAUGGUUUCAGGCUGGGGGACCUCAGGAGAAGUCUCCCCACCCCCAUCCCUCAGUCUCUUUCACUUCCCCUGCCUGCCAACAGGCCGCCUGACCCCUUCCCCAUCACCUCGCUCCAUUUGCUAGAGCGUGGCAGCUGGGAGCAGGCCCCUGCCCUCGGUGGGCCCUUAAAGCAAUAGCACCUUAGGCCCCCUGCCCUCUUGGCACAAGAGGCCCAGGCCCUGGCUUGGGCUUAGUGCCCUUUAUUCACUGUCAAUAAAUCCGCUCAGACCAUUA